CGAAGGGUCCUCUUUGGAGAUGACAUGACACCUCAUCUGGCAUCGGAGGCGCGUGCACGUUGGCCUUUCCUGCCCAAUUUUCGGCUUCUGCGAGCAGUGCUCAUCAUGGCGGUCGGCAUCUCUGCCGUCAUGGCCAGCGGUGACGAAGACACACACACGAACAGGGGACAGACGAAGGGGGUGGAGAACGAUACUCUGAGCUCUGGUAGGCACCAUUCUGACGCCCACCUCCUCCCGUCACCCUGUGUGUGAUGGCGUGUCUGUCAGGGAAGCACACCAUGGACGACCGGUCCACGUAUGCGCAGCUGAUGGAGGCCCUGUCAGCCGGCCAGCGUCACGUCAACGCGUCGACGUAUGCGCAGCUGGUGGACGCCGUCAAGGAGCGUCGUUCGCUGCAGGCCGCCUUCGAUGGCUUCGACGACCUCCCCGAGCUCGACUUAGUCUCGUUAGCUCGGGUGAUAUUCCAAGACCAGGGCUUCAUCAACGUCGCCGCAGAUGGGCCUUACAGGGUAUGUGCAACGCGGGAGGCCGACAUAAGACGCAGGAGGGCUCGUAGUACACGUAUACGUGUGGGUGCCGGGUGUUUGGUUCAUUCAGAUCAUCGACGUGCUGAAUGACAAGCUGUUCCGGGAGGGAGUGCGGCUGAGGGAUGCACGCACUGACCUGGGCGAGGACCUGCUCGGGCCCAUCACUGGUGUGCUGGACCGGGCCAUCGAGUCACAGAACAUACUCCUCAACGGUCGGCAGACACUUCACUCACACACACAGAGGAGAGGGAUGUGUGGGUUGGGCUCAUGCAGGGACGAAGCAGGCCAAGACUGAUGCGCUGGUAGAGUUCUUCAACCCUGCCCGUCCAGCCCCACCACCAGAAGAACCAGAGGAGCCGACGUUCCCUUUUACUUCCCGACCACCCGCAACCACACCCGAGCCAACAACCCCAACACCCGACGAUGGAGCUGUUGAAUUUGAAUUCCCAGGUACGUACGCGGACCACACACAGAGAGAACUGGAUGAUCGCUGCUUCGUAUCAAAUAAUCAGAGUGCGUCAUCGUGACGAAGGUGUCUCGCUCGUGCUCCGACAAGUACUACGAGUGCUUCGCGGGCUACGACCCAUUCGGCUACCGUUCGUACGACUUCGACGGCGGCCUGGGGCUGGCGGGGGAAGGGGAGCUCAUGCAGCCUGGCAUCGACGCAGAGCUCUGCUUGCCAAAGGAGUUUGGGCCGGACGACGACAAGGACGUUUUCUUGCCACCGGUGAGGAGGAACGCACAGACAGCUCCAGAUACAUAUAGUGUAUACUCAUGAGAGGUGGGGGAUGGGUAUUGGUACGUAUGUGUGUGUGUGUAGGAUGGGGUGGGGCGGAUUCUGCGAUUGGUGAGGUUCGACGAGGAGACCGACAGCGACGACGACGGCAUCAAGGAAUGCGAUGAGUCCUUCCGUUCUUCAGCAGAUCCGGAGGGCAACGAGACGCUUGCGUGCCAGGAGAAGUUUCCCAUCUACGGCGGCUCGUCGCUGUUCAACGACCCCCUGUUCGGCCUCACCAACACCUUCAGGACGUUCCUCUACCUCACCAAACAGGAAGUGCCCACCAUGCUCGAGGAGGCAAGUCUACACACACACCCACGUAAACACAUACGCACACGGAUACACACGUGCCUGUGUGUGUGUGUGUGUGUGUGUCUGGAUGGAUGGCUGGAUGGAUAGCUUCUGGGUAUUGCGAUCGAGAAGGGCGUCCUGACGGUCUUCCUGGAGCUGAUAGAGAAGGCCAAGGAGCUCGACUUUAUGAAGAAGUGGGAGGGCAUCGACUGGAAGAAGGAUAAGAAGGGCAAGGACAAGGGCAAGGGCAAAGACAAGGGCGACAGGGGGGGAGGAGACGACGAUAAGGCAGACGAUGACCUGGAUGACGACGACACAGACGAUGGUGACGAUGAUAGCGACGACGACGAGGACGUGCCUGAGGGCGGCCACGUUGUCGAUCCCUUCGGCUCGUACUUCAUCAUGGUUUUUGAAUUCCCCAACUUCACCGUAAGCCUGCACACGCAGCGCACACGCACCACAGGAAAUGGAUACCACAUCAAGGCCCAAUAAUGUGUGUGUGUGCAGGGGCCGGCAGGCGAGAAUAAGUCUGGGCGCAACACGUCGUUUCUCUUUUCGCUGGGCGACGCGCCGCCCGGCCUGUGCACCGAGAAUGCCGAGGGCAUCCCCGGCAGGCCCGAGACACGAUACCCCGAGUGCGCAUCCACCAGCAAGGGCGCGAAAUGGGCGCUUGCGAGAAGGCUGGCCACCGAUCAGCCUAUCGCCUGCAAUGGUCCGUCUGUCUCUCUGUCCGUGAGGGGGCGUGUGCGAUGUGUGGUACCAUCAUGAUGGGUUCUUCUCUCUCUCUGUGUGUGUGUGUGCCUAUAUGCAGGCUUCAUGGUGGACGAGAACCUCUGCAUCUUCGACAUUGAGAUAGAGGCAAGCAGAGGACGAGGCGGCAGCAGCACACACACGGGAGAACCAAUGCCGAGCAUGUCUCUCUGUUUGGGUGUGUGUGUGCAGUUUACGGCUUUCCCGAAGGGAGUGGAGUGUCUGGAUAACUGCGAGGAUUUGGUGCUGACGGACAUCGCCAUCUUGACGCGCACAUCCAUCCAGGAGGGCGACACCGAAGGUGUCUUCGACCAAGCCGCCAUAGCAACAGGGGGCGGAGAUGAUGAACCACAACCACCUAGCGGCGGCGGCGAGUACGCACAGGCACCACACGCACACAAAUUACCCGUGUUUCUCUCUCUGUAUGUCUGUCGUCAGAGCGCCGCCGACGUCAGACUCUCGGGGAGCGAGGCGGUCUCAUUCGUCGCCCUCGUCUGCUGCAAGUUGGGAGCCGACCCUGGCAGUCAGCUCGUUGGGCGGCGUCAAGUGACCGAGAAUUCACACACACACAUGCUAGCUAGAGGGGUAUGUGCGUGUGGACAUGCAAACCCACACCAGUGCGUGUGUGGGUGUGGUGUGGUGUGCCAUACGUAAAGUAGCUGUUAAUACAGGUAAUGAGGUUUGCUUACUCUGUG